AUGGUUGCCGGCGGAAAACAGAUGAACGUCCGGGUGACGACGAUGGACGCGGAGUUGGAGUUCGCGAUCCAGCAGACGACCACUGGGAAGCAGCUCUUCGACCAGGUGGUCAAGACCAUCGGCCUCCGCGAGGUCUGGUUCUUCGGCCUCCAAUACACUGACUCUAAGGGCGACCUCACCUGGAUCAAGCUCUACAAGAAGGUAAUGCAACAGGAUGUCAAGAAGGAGAAUCCACUACAGUUCAAGUUCCGAGCCAAAUUCUAUCCCGAGGAUGUUGCCGACGAGCUCAUCCAGGAGAUCACGCUCAAACUCUUCUACUUACAAGUGAAGAACGCGAUCCUCUCGGACGAGAUAUACUGCCCGCCGGAGACGUCGGUGCUGCUCGCGUCGUACGCGGUGCAGGCGCGGCACGGCGACCACAACCCCUCCAUACACGGGCCCGGGUUCCUCGCCAACGACCGCUUGCUGCCGCAGCGUGUUACUGAUCAACAUAAGAUGUCGCGCGAGGAGUGGGAGCAGAGCAUCACGAACUGGUGGCAGGAGCACCGCGGCAUGCUGCGCGAGGACGCCAUGAUGGAGUACCUCAAGAUCGCGCAGGACCUGGAGAUGUACGGCGUCAACUACUUCGAGAUACGCAACAAGAAGAACACCGAGCUCUGGCUCGGCGUCGACGCGCUCGGACUCAACAUAUACGAGAAGGAUGAUAAGCUGACCCCCAAGAUCGGGUUCCCGUGGUCGGAGAUCCGCAACAUCUCGUUCAACGACCGCAAGUUCAUAAUAAAGCCGAUCGACAAGAAGGCGCCGGACUUCGUGUUCUUCGCGCCGCGCGUGCGCGUCAACAAGCGCAUCCUGGCGCUGUGCAUGGGCAACCACGAGCUGUACAUGCGCCGCCGCAAGCCCGACACCAUCGACGUGCAGCAGAUGAAGGCGCAGGCGCGCGAGGAGAAGCUCGCCAAGCAGGCGCAGAGAGAGAAGCUGCAGCUGGAGAUCGCGGCCCGCGAGCGCGCCGAGAAGAAGCAGCAGGAGUACGAGGACCGUCUGCGUCAGAUGCAGGAGGAGAUGGAGCGCUCGCAGGCGAAUCUAAUCGAGGCGCAGGAGAUGAUCCGGCGGCUGGAGGAGCAGCUGCGCCAGCUGCAGGCCGCCAAGGAGGAGCUCGAGCAGCGCCAGAACGAGCUGCAGGCCAUGAUGCAGCGCCUCGAGGAGACCAAGAACAUGGAAGCGGCCGAGCGCCAGAAACUGGAGGACGAGAUCGCGGCGAAACAGGAGGAGGUGUCCCGCAUCCAGCAGGAGGUGGAACUGAAGGAUUCGGAGACUCGCCGGCUACAGGACGAGGUGGAGGAGGCGCGCCGCAAGCAGGACGAGGCGGCCGCGCUGCUGGCGGCGGCCACCACGCCCACGCACCACCACGUGGCCGAGCAGCAGGGCUCCGGCGACGGCGACGGCGACGGCUCGGGCUCCGACGGCGGCUCCGACGCGGGCGGCGGCGAGCUGGCGCGCGGCCCCGACGACCUGGUGGACCCGCUGGCCGAGCGCCGCACGCUCGCCGAGCGCUCCGAGCGACUCCACAAUCAGCUUAAGGCUCUCAAACAAGACCUGGCCCAGUCCCGGGACGAGACCAAGGAGACAGCCAUGGACAAAAUCCACCGCGAGAAUGUCCGUCAGGGACGCGACAAGUACAAAACCCUGCGCGAGAUCCGCAAGGGCAACACCAAGCGCCGCGUCGACCAGUUCGAGAACAUAAUUUGCAUUUGUUCGAGUGCCUCAUUGUUCGUUAAUUUUCUUAAAUGCAUCAAUAUAAAUAUA